AUGAGGUAUAUCAACGAUGGAGCAGAAAGCGGCCUCUGGGCCCUGCUUUGGGGUGCCAGUGUCUGGGUAACCUAUGGUGUGCCCCAGAGCGGCAGCAAUGGGCACAAUCUGGUAAGAACAGGCCUGCCUCCAUGUGGACAAUACAAUAACCAGGUCCAGCCCAGCAGGAGAGGCAGAAGCAUGGCCAGCUUACCUCAGCUGGAGGGCCAAGGUUGUCCGGAAAUGUUCAAGUGUUGGGACCAGGUGUCCCACAGGCUGCAGGAGAAUGAGAAUGGCAGACGGCAGCUCGUGGAACUGAAGGAGAUGAUGUCCCAGGUACAAGAGGAGCUGAGAAGCCAUCAGCAUCGCAUCCAAGUGCUGGAGUUGCAGGCAAAAACCGAACACAAUCAAAGGGAGCGCCAGAGGACUGAUGGUGGGCACGCCAUGCUGCAGCGCCUCACCACCUUCCAGGGGCAGGCCAUGGAGCUGGGGAGGAGGCAGGCGGCCAGGGAGGCAGACGUCGGCGAGGCUGGGCUGGAGGAGGGGAUUCAGAAGGAGACAACCCUGGAGGGGCAGCUGCAGCAGGCGAUGCAGCGAUCCCAUGAGAGCAGCACCUUGCUGCAUAUUCACGCCUCCCUCAUCUACGACUUGCAGGCACAAGUACACAAUCUGUCUACACAGCUGGAGCAGACUCAUAGCAACAGCAAUUGUUCACUCCACCACCACCCGGAUCUGCAGUAUGUAAGGAAUUGCCCCAUUGACUGUGCAUCCAUCUACUAUAACGGGGUGAGUCAAUCCGGAGUCUACACCAUCACCCCUUCCAUUGGCGGCCUUCCCAUCAGGGUUUACUGUGACAUGGACACUGCAGGAGGAGGAUGGAUUGUUAUUCAGCAGAGAAUUGAUGGCACCACCAACUUCAACAGAAGCUGGAGGGAAUAUAGAGAAGGUUUUGGAGAACUCUCGGCUGAGUUCUGGUGGGGCAAUGAUCAUAUUCACGAUGUGACAAACCAAGAAGAAUACUCCCUGCGCAUUGACCUGGAGGACUGGAACUACAGAAAAAAGUUCGGGAUGUACGAAACCUUUCGUAUUUCUGGUUGGGGUAUUGCUCUGAUUUGGCACCAGUUUCCUCGCAUUGUCAUGCAAUUUGGUGUUGGCAUUUCAUACGAUCUUGGUUCUGGGUGA